AACCAAUGGCUAUAAAUGAUCUUAUUCUGUCUGCUAUAUUUCAGUGUGGAUUUUCUUAUCAGCGUCUAACCAUGUCAAGGAUGGUUGGAGGUUUUGGUGAAACACAGCCAGCAACCCCAGAAGUGCAGGAUAUAUGUGAUAAGAUCAAGCCAACGGUUGAAGAGAGAGCUGGAGAAAAUUAUGCGAUUUUUAAAGUUACAGAGUUUAGAAAACAAUUGGUCAAUGGAGUAAACUAUGAAAUGAAGGUUUCUACUGGCGGAGAUAACUGUGUCUUUCUGAAGGUUUACCAGACCUUUGGUGGAGAAUUGUCUCUCUCUGCUUAUCGGACAAAUAGAAAACUAAACGACCCUUUCGUCUUCUAGACGUGGACAUGUCUGGCCUGCUACAGAAUCUGCCAGACCCAUGAAUUCCAUUCUCCAAACUGUGGAAACUCUUCUGCUUGCUUCUAUUAACUGCACACAUAAGGAGAUAUAUAAUACAAAUAUUGGCACAGAGUGGUAAAUAUCUGUUCACUUUUUAGAACACUAACCCAGAAUUACUUCUCAUUUUUCUUUAAUUCCAAAUAACUCAACAAAGUUCUAAUUAGAAUGUUACCAGGACACAAUGUAAACCAGUACCAACCUACAACGUCUAGGUCCAUUGCUGAUCUAGUACUCAGAACAAGCUUUACUCCUACAAAAUAUUUACAAGGGCAGUGUAACUGUGUCAACAAUAUUGAAGAUCGUUCUACUUAUCAAUACUAGCUUUAGGAAUGGGCAAUUCAUGACGUAUUAUUCCCCAAUAGAUAACGUACUUUCACUGCUUCUGUUACCAUUUAAACCAUUGACCUCUUAUCAGAAUCUGCCAAGAAUGGCCAACAUCUCUAUUGGUCAAUAUAUCCGCACUGGAAGUAGAAUUUGUCUUGUAUCUCUUAUGGUUUUGUAGCACCAGUCAAAAAAUAAAAUACUUUGUAAAAUAAA